CAGAUGCAGCAGCGUGAGAGCGGAGUCUUUGACAGGCCAUGCCGCAUUGACAGGGCGCGUUAAUAGGUGCUAUAUAUAUACCUUUCGCCCGUGGACAUCCGAACGGCCCAUUGCGAACGACCGCAGAGACCGCAGGUGGUGGUGCUGGUGGUGGGAACAGCUCCGGGGCUCCACGCACACGGCCUCAUAUAUACAUACAGUACGCUAAAGGCAACAAGUUUCGACAAAACAAGAGCCGUGAAUUCCGGCUCGAAACACUCUGGCCCCGCCGCAUGCCCCUCCCCCGCACCCUCCUCCACCUCUUCAUCAUCCUCACGCCUCUCCUGCUCCUCCUCCUUACCCCGUCCCUAUCGAUAUCCACCGAGCACAGCGACAUCCACAUCCUCCACGACCUCUGGUGCACGCAAGUUGAGAUGCCCGCCUGGCUUUCGUCUCUCACGGGAUGUUUCGGGGUAGUGGGUGCUGAGGAGAGUCAGAAGUUGGGGGAUGGCGAGGGUGGCACAGGAAGACAGUGUGUGUUUUGUGGGAUCGCGAAUGGGACGGAUGAGCGGGCGAGGGUGGUUUUCCAGAACGAAGAAUUCGUAGCCUUCCACGACAUCAACCCCUCCGCCUCCACCCACCUCCUCCUCAUCCCCCGCGCCCACAUCCCCACCGUCAAAGACCUCCCCGCAUCCUCACACCCGCUCAUCUCCCGCAUGUCCCAAAUCGGGCACACUCUCCUCUCCGACAUGGGCUAUCCCCCUUCCAGGCACCGUCUCGGCUUCCACGUCCCGCCAUUCACGUCCGUGCCACAUCUGCAUAUGCAUGUGCUGGGGCUGCCGUAUCGGGGACGGUUACGGAGUAUUAAGUAUCCGGAGAGGUGGCGGUGGAGUCGGUGGUUUGUGGAGGCGGAGAGGUAUGGGAGGUCGUUGAAGGAGGCGGAUGAGAGAGGGUGGGAGGGGAAUUGGACGUGGAGGUGGGUUAGGGAUUAGAUGACAUAUGGGGACGCUCGUGGCAUUUGGACGUGGCAAGGAGGUUAUACACUGCGUUGGGACAUGUGACGUUUUCCGAGUUAGGACUAGGGAGUCCGUAGAUUGAACAGUUAUCCUACUCGAGUCACAAUAAUCCCUGAUGUUGCACAUUAAGUGCGAAGCAUGCCUGCUUCACACUUAACGCUGCAUAUCACAUUCUCCUGACGCUUGGGCACCUUGCGACAGCCUCGGGCUAGAACGAAGGCUCGCCAGUGUCCUACGUUCCAGCUGUCCCCACUCUUGGAGGGGGCAAGUUGACGGCGUGACAACAUUGACACGGGUGACAGCGAGGACAACCCUAACCCUAACCCUGAGUGCAAGUCUUGUUAUUCAUCUGUUACGGUGGGGGUGUGAAGGGUGGCUUCCGUUU